UUUCUCUGAAGUCACAUGUAAAAUUUAACAGAGAGACAAAUCCCAUGAAGACUGAAAGCUCUGCCCACAUGAUGUCACAUGAUGUGUUUUUUCAUACACAUUUAACAACCAGUUUAAACCCUGUGUGUAAAAUUUUACAUGUCAUUUAAAGGACAUACCAAAAGCAGGUGGAGAUAUAAGAGACACAGGGAACAAAGCUACACAAUCUCUCAGCUACAAGUCCACAUAGGAUCUUAAAUAAGACAGACAGAAUGCUUUUCGUGGCAAUUUUUGCUCUUCUUGCUGCUGCUGUUGCAGCUGAUGUUGACCCUCAUUACUCGUUCUCCCCUCCGGUGGGGUCGGGAAGUGGGAGCUCCUACACGAUUACUGGAGAGGGAAGGAUCACUGCUGUGAGAGUUUGGGAAAACUAUAGUAGCUACAUUCGGGGCAUCCAGUUCCGCUAUGGAUAUAUCUGGUCUCCAGUUGUUGGUUAUGCAUACGGUUCCCGAAAUGAAAUUGAAUUGCUUGAUGGAGAAGCCAUUAUCCAGAUUUCUGGGAAGCAUUCUCACUAUUUGUAUUACCUGGUGUUUGUGACUAACCGGGGUCGCUCCCUGUUUGUUGGUCAGCCCUCUGGCAAUUCCUUCAACAUGUACCCCGAAAACCCCCAGGCUGAGCUGGUCUUCAUCAGUGGCCGGUGGAGUCAUGGCAUCACCUCCCUGGGAGCCCAUUGGGCGAUUGUUGAUCCAUCCUUGAGCCCAUCCAAUAGCACUGCAGGACAUUAAGGUGGAGGGCAGCAGACAGAUAUUGUAAUCUAGAAUAUAAUGUACUGCUGAUUUACUAUAAUGGGUUGAAUAUAAGUGUUUUGCAACUCAGUAACAAAUGGAAGAUUUAUCUUGAAAUUCUGCUUAUGCUUAUGCUUCUAAGAAAUUACAGAUGUAAUUAAACUGUUUUGUUGUACACUUGAAAUCAAUAUAUACAAAGAAAUUGAGUCAUGAUAUAAUAAGCAUGGAUUUAUAAAUAAAAAUAUUCUCAAGAA